GCAGCAGGUCGGGCUGCGACGGGGCUGCAUCAGGCUCAGCCAUGGACCGGAAGGUGGCCCGGGAAUUCCGGCACAAGGUAGAUUUUCUGAUUGAAAAUGAUGCAGAGAAGGAUUAUCUCUAUGAUGUGCUGCGGAUGUACCACCAAACCAUGGAUGUGGCAGUGCUUGUGGGAGACCUGAAGCUGGUUAUCAAUGAGCCCAGCCGCCUGCCGUUGUUUGAUGCCAUCCGGCCCCUGAUCCCACUGAAGCACCAGGUGGAGUACGACCAGCUGACUCCCCGGCGCUCCAGGAAGCUGAAGGAGGUGCGUCUGGACCGUCAGCAUCCGGAAGGCCUUGGUCUAAGUGUACGUGGAGGCGUGGAGUUCGGCUGUGGACUCUUCAUCUCUCACCUCAUCAAAGGUGGCCAGGCGGACAGCGUUGGGCUGCAGGUAGGGGAUGAGAUUGUCCGGAUCAAUGGUUAUUCCAUCUCCUCCUGCACCCAUGAAGAAGUCAUCAACUUGAUCCGCACCAAGAAGACUGUGUCCAUUAAAGUGAGACACAUUGGCCUGAUCCCUGUGAAGAGCUCUCCAGAGGAGCCCCUCAAAUGGCAGUAUGUGGAUCAGUUUGUGUCAGAGUCUGGGGGCACUCGGGGCAGCUUGGGCUCUCCUGGGAAUCGGCCAACCAAGGAGAAGAAGGUGUUCAUUAGCUUGGUGGGCUCCCGGGGCCUGGGCUGCAGCAUCUCCAGUGGCCCCGUCCAGAAGCCGGGCAUCUUCAUCAGCCAUGUGAAGCCUGGCUCCCUGUCUGCAGAGGUGGGGUUGGAGACAGGGGACCAGAUUGUCGAGGUCAAUGGCAUCGACUUCUCCAACCUGGACCAUAAGGAGGCUGUGAAUGUCCUGAAGAGUAGUCGCAGCCUGACCAUCUCCAUCGUAGCUGGAGCUGGCCGGGAGCUCUUCAUGACGGACCGGGAGCGGCUGGAGGAGGUGAGGCAACGGGAACUGCAGCGGCAAGAGCUCCUGAUGCAGAAGCAUCUGGCCAUGGAGUCCAACAAGAUCCUCCAGGAGCAGCAGGAGAUGGAGCGCCAAAGGAGAAAGGAGAUUGCCCAGAAGGCCGCUGAAGAAAAUGAGAGAUAUAGGAGAGAGGUGGAACAGAUUGUGGAAGAGGAAGAGAAGUUCAAGAAGCAGUGGGAAGAAGACUGGGGCUCAAGAGAACAGCUUAUCUUGCCUAAAACCAUCACUGCCGAGGUGCACCCAGAGCCCCUUCGUAAGCCCAAGUAUGAUCAGGGCAUGGAGGCCAAACUGGAGCCUGCAGACCACCUGGAUGGAGGCACAGAGGCGCAGGGACGGCAGAAAGGAAAAGAAAAGAAGAAAGCGAAGUAUGACAGCCUGCAGGACUUGAGGAAGAAUAAGAAGGAGCUGGAGUUUGAGCAAAAGCUUUACAAAGAGAAAGAAGAGAUGCUGGAGAAGGAGAAGCAGCUAAAGAUCAACCGGCUGGCACAGGAGGUAUCUGAGACUGAGCGGGAAGACCUUGAGGAAUCAGAAAAGAUUCAGUAUUGGGUGGAAAGGCUCUGUCAGACACGCCUUGAGCAGAUUUCCUCUGCUGAUAAUGAGAUUUCCGAGAUGACCACAGGUCCCCCGCCUCCCCCACCUUCUGUGUCUCCCCUGGCCCCACCCUUGAGACGCUUCGCGGGUGGGCUACACCUCCACACCACCGACCUGGAUGACAUCCCCCUGGACAUGUUCUACUAUCCCCCUAAGACACCUUCUGCUUUGCCUGUGAUGCCCCACCCCCCACCCACCAACCCACCUUCCAAGAUCCCUGCACCCCCUGUGCUUCCCUCAUCAGGCCACGUGAGCGCCUCGUCCUCACCUUGGGUGCAACGCACUCCACCCCCCAUUCCCAUCCCUCCCCCUCCAUCCAUUCCCACCCAAGACCUCACUCCUACCCGCCCACUGCCCUCGGCGCUGGAAGAGGCCUUGGGUAACCACCCCUUCCGUGCUGGGGACUCUGGCCAUCCAGCAGAGGACUGGGAGGCAAAGACCCACAGUGGGAAGCCCACCAGCUCCCCUGCCCCAGAGCGGAGCUUCCUGGCAACUCCAAAGACAUUUUGCCCAAGCCCACAGCCUCCACGAGGCCCUGGCGUGUCCACCAUUUCCAAACCUGUCAUGGUUCACCAGGAAUCCAACUUCAUCUACAGGCCUGCUGUGAAAUCUGAGGUCCUGCCACAGGAGAUGCUGAAGCGGAUGGUGGUGUAUCAGACAGCGUUCAGACAAGACUUCCGGAAAUACGAGGAAGGCUUUGACCCCUACUCUAUGUUCUCUCCAGAGCAGAUUGCAGGGAAGGAUGUCCGGCUCCUGCGCAUCAAGAAGGAGGGGUCUUUAGACCUGGCCUUGGAGGGUGGAGUGGACUCGCCCGUGGGGAAGGUGGUCGUCUCUGCUGUUUAUGAGGGGGGAGCUGCUGAGCGACACGGUGGCGUUGUGAAAGGGGAUGAGAUCAUGGCCAUCAACAGCAAGAUUGUGACGGACUACACCCUGGCAGAGGCUGAGGCAGCGCUGCAGAGGGCCUGGAAUCAGGGCGGGGACUGGAUCGAUCUUGUGGUUGCUGUUUGUCCCCCCAAGGAAUACGACGAUGAUCUCUCUUCUCUUCCAUCCUCUGCAGCCCAAAGUCCUCAGCUGGUUCGAAAGCAGCUUGAAGUCUGUGAGCCCGUGUAUAGACAUGGGUUCCCCCUGCAGCUGGAGCCCACGGACCUUCUUCUAAAGUCCAGAGAGAGAAGCCAGAUUCUACCAAGGAGGACAGCAAGUUCUGGACCCAGCCCUUGAACUCAAGCCUCAGGCAUACAAAGCUUCCCUGGAAAUUGCACCUCAUACCUAGGAAUGCGAACCCCUGGGGGGCAGCAGGAGAAGCGGCCAGGCCCAUCCUCUGAAGGCCACCAUGAGGGGUGACAGGCAGCUACUGUUCUGGAGGUGGCUUCUGAGAUUCCGCAUUUCCUCUGGCUCUACUGUGUCCCCAGCUCUAAGGAGCUCUUUUCUUGAGCUGCAAGCUACCGGCUGCCGUGUCACUCCACCACCCUCUCUCCUGCUGUAACUGCUGAUACACAUCUUACUCUGAGCUCAUUAAUAAAAGACAUUGGAGGUAUA